AUGCUGCACAUACAGUCCUUCCUGCUGUGGCUGCUUCUACUGACGAUGCCCGUCUGCACCCACGCCUGGUCACGGCCCAUGUGGUACCAGGUGGGGCUGGACUUACAGCCCUGGGGGUGCCAGCCAAGCAGACUGGAGGGUUGUAAGAGCAGCCUGGGCUGUCCCGGCUAUUGGAUGGGCCUGGGGACCAACCGCAUCUACCCGGUGGCUGGGGUCACAGUCACCACGACCAUGAUGCUGAUGCUCAGCCGUGCGCUGAUGCAGCGGCGGCGUUCACAGGCCUCUAAGAGCGAGCAUCCGCAGCUGACCUCCCACACCUGCGCAACUUGGAAACAACAGAACCCCAUCUCAGACCGCGCCCUCCUCCUCGGUGUCCUGCAUAUGCUGGAUGCCCUCCUGGUCCAUAUUGAGUGCCACCUGCAGCAUCUAGCCACCCAGAAGCGUACCCAAAUAAAGGGGACUCCCACUCAGACUGGGUGA